GCUGACGCCGCAGGACUCCUGGGAGCCGGGUGGGGGCUCUGCCGGCGGGGUCGGCGGGGUCGGCAGGGACCGUGGGGGGUCAUCGCGGGUCGCGAGGGGCCGCCGGCCUGCCCCGCUUCCCUGGGGGCGGCCGAGCCUGUCCUGUCCCGGCGCGGGCCGCGGAAGGACGGGAAGCUCGGGCGCCUGCCAGGCCCUGCAGGUGGCCGCGUCGCAGGCCGGCCGCGGCGGCGGAGCGGUAACCCGCCGGCGACAGCAGCUGGUCGGUUUCUCGAGGCUGGGGCUCCCCGUGACCGAAGGGGCCGGGUUUCGGGCAGCCGAGGCCUCCAGGAGGCGCGUCUCGGGCCGGGGUCCGUGAGGAGUGGCGGAUAUGGCUCGUGGACAGCAGAAGAUUCAGUCUCAGCAGAAAAAUGCCAAAAAGCAAGCUGGACAAAAGAAGAAACAAGGACACGAUCAAAAGGCUGCUGCCAAAGCUGCCUUAAUAUAUACCUGCACUGUCUGUAGGACACAAAUGCCAGACCCUAAGACCUUCAAGCAGCACUUUGAGAGCAAGCAUCCUAAGACUCCACUUCCUCCAGAAUUAGCUGAUGUUCAGGCAUAAAGUUGUUUACAGGUGAAUUCGUGACACCUUUGACUCUUCUCCUGUCUCAGACCUUAGGUAACAAACCUGCAGCUGCUUUUCUAACAAACUGUUGAUCAGCAAAAAUAAAGGGGCUACAGAAACACUCAUUUUUAUGCUGUUCCCUUUUGGGCUUCAUGCAAAGACAAUUCUGUGUAAAUGUACAGUUGACUCUGAUUUGGAAAUCUGAAAAUCAGUCCAUCCUUGUUAUAAAAAAUUUUUUUACAAUUGUAAUUAUAUUGAUGUUCAUAUUGUAUAAAAUAACUCAUUUAAUAAAGUAGUACUUUGAUUUUACAACAUCACAGGAUAAAUGGUUCUAGAAAUUCUGUUCUAACUUUCUACAUUAUUUGCCUUAUAAAAAUCUAAUGAAUUCAUCAGCUAGAAUUGCAAGCGCAAUUCCUAUCUCCCUUUCUAAGUUCAGGGGCAUGUUCAUAGUUAAACUAGAGCAGACUCAUUCAUUAAAUUUGUGCACACGAUUUUAUUGGCAGCUGCUGACCUAGGUGAAGAAUGACUUACCUGCUGCCUUAGUAUAUUGCAAUCAUGUGUCAUUUUCCCCUCUGAUUGUUUCUUGUGAUUGAGGUUGGAAUAUUUAAACUUGCUGUGUGACCUGGCUAUACCUGCCAGCCAGGUAUAGCUUGUAGAUAACUGAUAAAUUCCUUAAAGUGGUUGGAUUGUCAGUCAGCCCGUCUGAAAAAUUAGGUUCUGAAGUAUAUGCCACAAUGAAGUAAUCAGCCUACUGUUCAAUACAAAAUAUGAUGGAACAUAUGUGAACUGGUA